AUGGACAUGUUUCUUUGCUUCAAUGGUCCUGCUAAAACAUUCCCUGUGACCUGCCAAGCAUCUGAUGCUUACAAAAAGUACAAGCCGAAAGAAGAGGAAAACAGAGGGGCAGGCUUAGUGGCUAAUGGAUCGUUUUUGUGUCUGAACUCUAUCUGGAGGCUUUAUGUAAAGCUUCCUGGAAGUGCCUUAGUGCGGUCUUCCGUGUAUCAUUUAAUUUCCACUGAAUUAGUUUACUUUCAGGCUAAAGAAAUUGCCACCUUGCAACUUUGCGACUUUGCGAGCAUUGGAAUUGGAUCCCAUUGCCCAUUAGAAAUGAUGCAGAAACAGAAACCAUUUUUUACUCAUCAAUCAUCAAAGGGGACAACCAAAUCUCCACCCAAUUCGCAAAUAGGAAGAGAAAUAAACAAACCUCCAAGCAAGAGUGAGGUUGACGCCGAAUCUGAGAGCAGCAACGACGACGUCGCCGCCGCCGGCCGCAGCGGUCGUCUCCAGUCCAGGACCGUCUUGGAGCGAGACAAUAUUGUUGAAGUUAAAAGAAAGAGGAUAGCUGCUGUCGGGCCAAAACAAUCUCGGUUUGGGCCCGUAGUCACUUCGGACUGCUUGGCCCCAUGCGAGAAAGUCGCAGGGAUGGGCAAUUAA